CGCCCGCGGCGGGCGCGCGCACCUCCCUCCGCCCCCACCUGGCCGUACCGGCGGCACAAUGGCGGCUUCCGUACCCCCGCCACGGCCCGUCACCCACCUGCUCUUUGACAUGGACGGCCUGCUUCUUGAUACCGAACGGCUCUACUCACUGGUGUUCCAAGAAAUAUGUGACCGCUAUGGAAAGAAAUACAGCUGGGACGUGAAGUCCCUCGUUAUGGGAAAAAAGGCACUGGAGGCGGCACAGAUCAUAAUAGACGUCCUGCAGCUACCGAUGUCCAGAGAGGAGCUGGUGGAGGAAAGCCAGACGAAGUUGGAAGAAGUGUUCCCCAAGGCUGGUCUGAUGCCAGGCGUGGAGAAACUCAUCCACCACCUGCAAAAGCAUGGUGUGCCCUUGGCCGUUGCCACCAGCUCUGGCCGCACAUCGUUUGAGAUGAAGACCAGCAGACACAAGGAGUUCUUCAGCUUGUUUGACCACAUCGUUUUGGGGGAUGACCCCGAAGUGAAGAAUGGGAAACCAGAUCCCGACAUAUUUCUAGCCUGUGCGAAGAGAUUUUCUCCUCCUCCUCCCAUGGAGAAGUGCCUCGUGUUUGAAGACGCUCCCAACGGCGUGGAGGCGGCCCUUGCAGCCGGCAUGCAGGUGGUCAUGGUUCCAGAUAGGAACUUGCGCCGACACCUGACGUCCAAGGCCACCCUGGUGCUGGAUUCCCUGCAGGACUUCCAGCCCGAGCUGUUCGGUUUGCCGCCCUUCGAGUGAGCGGCCCGCCAUGCCUCCCUGGGCACCACGGGUGACCCAUGGCACCUGAGCGGUCCUUCCAGCCCGUGAGGUCGGACUUCUAGCCCAUGUGGGCUCGGCCUCCCCUGACGAGUGCUGAAACCUCAACAUCCCAGCUGAGAGACAGUAAAGCAGACACAGCCCAGAACAGAGACCGAAACGCUCAUUUGCAUAAUCAUAUGGGAAUGAUCAUUCGGUGUUACUGCAUUUGAAUAGUCACGUAAUAGUCAUAUGUGGCAAAUACACAUACACGUGCUUGUGUGUGAGUGCUCGUGCAUGUGUGUACGUAUGUGCCUGUGUAUUUAUACAUACUUAUGCAUAUAUAUGUAAAAUACUUCCUUUCCCAAGACAAAAUUAAGUUCUGUUUGUGUUCAUUUCUUUUCCUUUUCAGUUUUUCUAAACCCUGGCUAGAAAAAGUUAAAUAUGUGUACAUAUAUCUAUAUACUUACAUAUGUAUGUAUAUAUAUGUAUGUACACAUAGAUUAUAUUUGUAUACUUCCUAUACAACUUCACUUUUUUAAGUGUUGGUGUUAAUGUGUCAUAGCAGCUGAUAGGAGUCAGAUCAUAGCUGCAUUUCAUUUGCAAUCAGUGGAAACGCCGUGUCAUGGACGAGCCCUGAGAAAUCAUUCUCCUUAUUAGCAAAAUGGACCAUCUUUCUGUGCCCUCGAAACCUCUCUGUGGACCUCCACUCAGAGGGCCACUCUGAACCGUGCCAUCGGCAGUUUGUUUUCAGUAUGAAGAUAACUGUGGCCUGUAUCUUACUUAUAUCUGCGUGCAUGUCCACAUUUGAGGAUGUGGUUUCCACCUCACAAAAAACCAUCCCCCUCCUCUAAAAACAGACAUAUAUUUCUAACACAGCCUUUGAUGCAAAUAUAAUUUGAAUCCAGAAUACAUACCUAGUGUGACCGAGAGCCUUAUUAACACAUUUCUGGGAUCAUUUACCCGACAACAUUACACUUUGGCAGUGAAUUCCUUUUACUGGAUUUGCUCGGCCUUUUGUAGUGGGAACGUUGAGAAAGGCAUUGGAAUAUUGGAAGAACACAUUCCCUGGGUGCACCCUGCCUGCUGAUGUUUCACUGAUUGUCGUGGAGCUAACUUCCAACUGGGAGUGGUAGCAAAGUCAUGGUAAUGAAUGCGAAUGUGCCCAGUGUUGGUCGUCCGUUGAUGGUUGCCUCUGGCUGUUGAUCAGUUUUAUAUAUUCAGCAAGUUCAUUUCAGCAUUAUUGAUCACCAGCGUAUGGGUCUGUUCUCUUCCGUUGUCCCUCAGGCUGGUUGUAACAUCUUACUGGAUCCCUCACCAGUUAAUUGAGUUGAAUAAAAUCCUUGACAUCAGUUCA